UAAAGAGAAGGUGGAUUUUCUGCUGAGCCACCCGAGAAGCCCUUUUAUACCUCCUUACUCAGCCAGCUGCCUGCGGCUCGUCUGUCCAUCCCGUCCAGCCAGCACGACUCUGAUUUUCUCCAGACUUGGGCUCACAACCAUCUAAACCAAGAUGUCUGAUGAAGAGAAAAAGAGGAGGGCAGCCACUGCCCGUCGGCAGCACCUGAAGAGUGCUAUGCUCCAGCUUGCUGUCACUGAAAUAGAAAAGGAAGCAGCUGCUAAAGAAGUGGAGAAGCAAAACUACCUGGCAGAACAUUGCCCUCCUCUGUCACUCCCAGGAUCCAUGCAGGAACUUCAGGAGCUGUGCAAAAAGCUUCAUGCCAAGAUAGAGUCAGUGGAUGAGGAGAGGUAUGACACAGAGGUGAAGCUACAGAAGACUACAAAGGAGCUGGAAGACUUGAGCCAGAAACUCUUUGACCUGCGUGGCAAGUUCAAGCGGCCGCCGCUGCGCAGGGUGCGCAUGUCGGCUGACGCGAUGCUGCGGGCCCUGCUGGGCUCCAAGCACAAGGUCUGCAUGGACCUCCGAGCCAACCUGAAGCAAGUGAAGAAGGAGGACACUGAGAAGGAGAAGGAUCUGCGUGAUGUCGGUGACUGGAGGAAGAACAUUGAGGAGAAGUCCGGCAUGGAGGGCAGAAAGAAGAUGUUUGAGGCUGGCGAGUCCUAAGCACCUGUGUCUCCACAGCUGUCCUCCUCUCCCCGCUGUCCCCGCUGCCCCGCCGGGCCCAGGGGCGCUGACUGGGUGCCAUUUCUCUCUAGUUUUGUGAAGAGCUGCAUCAUGGCAGCAGUGAUGUAAAUAAAGCUUUGGUGGGAGA